AUGUACCUCCCACCCAGCCGUCGCCUCUCCCUCCUCCCGCCGUUGCUUCUCACUCCUCCCCGCCGUCGCCUCUCCCUCCUCGCCAUCGCCUCUCACUCCUCCCCGCCGUCGCCUCUCGCUCCUCCCUGCCGUCGCCUCUUCCUCCUCCCCCGCCGUCGCCUCUCCCUCCUCCCCGCCGUCGCCUCUCCCUCCUCCCCGCCGUCGCCUCUCCCUCCUCCCCGCCGUCGCCUCUCCCUCCUCCCCGCCGUCGCCUCUCCCUCCUCCCCGCCGUCGCCUCUCCCUCCUCCCCGCCGUCGCCUCUUUCUCCUCCUCGCCAUUGCCUCUCCCUCCUCCCCGCCGUCGCCUCUCCCUCCUCCCCCCGUUGUCUCUCACUCCUCCCCGCCGUCGCCUCUCCCUCCUCCCCGCCGUCGCCUCUCCCUCCUUCUCGCCGUCGCCUCUCCCUCCUCCCCGCCGUCGCCUCUCGCUCCUCCCCGCCGUCACCUCUUCCUCCUCCCCGCCGUCGCCUCUUGCUCCUCCCCGCCGUCGCCUCUCCCUCCUCCCCGCCGUCGCCUCUCCCUCCUCCCCGCCAUCGCUUCUCGCUCCUCCCCGCCGUCGCCUCUCCCUCCUCCCCCCGUCGCCUCUUGCUCCUCCCCGCCGUCGCCUCUCCCUCCUCCUCGCCGUCACCUCUUUCUCCUCCCCGCCAUCACCUCUCCCUCCUCCCCGCCGUCGCCUCUCCCUCCUCCCCGCCGUCGCCUCUCGCUCCUCCCCGCCAUCGCCUCUUCCUCCUCCCCCGGCGUCGCCUCUCCCUCCUCCCCGCCGUCGCCUCUCCCUCCUCCCCGCCGUCGCCUCUCCCUCCUCCCCGCCGUCGCCUCUCCCUCCUCCCCGCCGUCGCCUCUCCCUCCUCCCCGCCGUCGCCUCUCCCUCCUCCCCGCCGUCGCCUCUCCCUCCUCCCCGCCGUCGCCUCUUUCUCCUCCCCGCCGUCGCCUCUCCCUCCUCCCCGCCGUCGCCUCUCCCUCCUCCCCGCCGUCGCCUCUCGCUCCUCCCCGCCGCCGCCUCUUCCUCCUCCCUGCUGUCGCCUCUUCCUCCUCCCUGCUGUCGCCUCUUCCUCCUCCCUGCUGUCGCCUCUACCUCCUCCCCACCGUCGCCUCCGGCGACAGGUGCCCGGAGCGCAAGCGCGGGUUGGUGCGCGAGCCCGGGUUGGUGAGCGCGGGUUGUUUCCUGAGGCGCCGUGGGUAUCAGGUUCGUUCCCUGUCCUUUCAUCCUCCUCCCGCCCUCUGA